AUGAGCCUUUCGCGUUCCAGCUCAAUCAAAAGCUCGUCAAGCGCUGAUUUAAGUCCAAGUGACCAUAACUCUAGUCGUGAAUGUCAAAAUUCUCUUCAUGAUCAUUGUGGAGGAAAAGCAGUGAUUUGUGAGAAAGCUGAAAAAAUAAAUGAGAUUGAUGCGGCUGUGGAAGCUAUUGAACUUCAUGAUGUAAAAGCGAAAGAGCCACCAUUGCCACCACCACGUCCUGCAACACCUCCAAUAGUUGAUAUUGAAGCACUUCGUCAAGCUAACACGAACAGCAGUCAUUCUUUUCAACAGAAAGCCAGUAGAUUUUAUCGUAAGAGUUUAGAGAAUACAAAUAUGGGAGUUUUUGUGGCAAAAGGUUGUGUCUAUGAUUCAUCAAAUGAUACGAUCGAGACGGAAUAUCCAAGGAAUCUCGAUGAUAAUAUUGAAAUAUUAUCAAGAGAAGAGGAAAAAAUUGAAGAAGAAUUUAAAGCAACAACCGGUGAAGAUCGUAUGAUUCCAUUUGGCCCACAAUAUGAUCCGAAAGAAGCUCAUAGGCAAUUACAACUUCAGAAGGAAAAGGACAAAGAUGACGAUGAAGAUGAACCGAUCGGUGUAAGUCCUUGUGGACGUUUCUUUAAAUAUGAUAUCGAAGUUGGUCGUGGCUCUUUUAAAACUGUCUUUCGUGGAUUGGAUUCUCACACCGGGGUUGCUGUUGCUUGGUGUGAACUCCUUGACAAAAAAGUCAAUAAAGCAGAACGUCAGCGUUUUCGCGAAGAAGCUGAAAUGCUCAAAAAGCUUCAGCACCCGAACAUUGUAAGAUUCUACAAUUAUUGGGAAACGUCAAUAGCUAGAAAGAAGAAUAUAGUGUUAGUCACAGAGCUUAUGUUAUCUGGAACUUUGAAAUCAUAUUUAAGAAGAUUUAAAAAAAUAAAUCAAAAGGUUCUUCGAUCAUGGUGUCGUCAAAUUUUAAAAGGUUUGACAUUUCUUCAUUCGAGGUCACCUCCAAUUAUUCAUAGGGAUUUAAAGUGUGACAAUAUAUUCAUAACAGGAACAACUGGUAGCGUGAAAAUUGGCGAUCUUGGUCUUGCAACUCUUAAAAAUCGAAGUUACGCAAAGUCUGUAAUUGGAACACCUGAAUUUAUGGCCCCAGAGAUGUAUGAAGAGCAUUAUGAUGAGGCAGUUGAUGUUUAUGCUUUUGGUAUGUGCAUGCUAGAAAUGGCAACAAGUGAAUAUCCAUACAAUGAAUGUUCAGGACCAGCACAAAUUUAUAAAAAAGUAACAUCAGGAAUUAAGCCAGCAAGUUUUGAUAAAGUAGAGAAUGUUGAAAAAACGAAGCAAUUCAAUUUGAUUUUGAUAUUACUGUCGAUGAUUGAUGAGAUGACUAAUGAAAUGUUUAAAUCGGGGCUUAUUAUGGAGGAAGAUUCUCGAGCUGUUUCAAAACUUUUAAAAGUUCAAGUAUUGACUUUGGUGAAGGAUCGGCAAGAACGUGAAGCAGCUGCAAAAGAAAGAGAAUUAGCGAAACUUAAAGUUAUUGAUCAGCAGCAACAAAAACUUAUCGGAAAUGGAUGCAUUCAAUCAAAAAUGGCUUCAAACCAUAUUCCUAACAAUGUGGCCGCAACACAACAGCAGGAUAGUUCGCAUCAAAAAGUUAUGCCUCAAAUGACUAUUUUGAAUCAGCAAACUUUUUCAAAGGAUAUAAAUACAGCAUCGCUAAACUCAAAUCAGCAAACAUCAACAAUUCAAAUGCUUCCACAACAACCACAUGUCCCAAAAAAUGUGUUAACAACAAAUCCGACACAAGAUCAGAAUGUAAGGUCUCAACAACAAACAACUCAAGUAUCACAACAACAUCCAUUAAAACAAGGAGAGUCAGAUUCUGGUUCCAAUGAACCACAAAGUUUUAUGAACAACAAUCAAAACAAAAAACAACGAAGACCUAACAAAUCAACUGAACGAUAUCCAAAGUUGGUUGUUUUGAGCUUAACGGAAGAAAAAAUCGUGGAGUGUGAAAUGGAAGUGAAGCCGAAAACUGUCACGUUUAAGUUUGAUGUUUAUGAAGUUAAUCCUGUAGAGGUCGCUAAUGAUCUGGUCACUCAAGAUCUUCUCUCGGAAGAGCAGAGUCAAGUUUUCAUUGAUAUGAUUCGGGAAAUUGUUAAACAAGUAAAACAGAAUUCCAAACAAAUUCCGAUUGUUCAAAGACCUCUCAAAUAUCGUCAGAGAGAUGAAAUGACAUCUAGUGGUGGUGGACAUCCAUCGUCGUCGUCAUCGUUAACAAACAUGUUUGAUCCUCAUAUAUACGCUUGUCAGUCACUUGUUUCUGGAUCAAUUAAUUCUAAUUCUGCGAUAACCGACGAUGCACAAAAGCCCCAAAAUAUUGCAGCUGCCGUUACACCAUCAGGUUCCCCACAGAAGCCGUCACAUAAACAUGUGACCUCAAACACAGUAAUUCCAAUUCAAUCAACGGAAAGUGAGACGCCAAAAAACAAACAAUCAGAAGAAGGAAAUUGUAGCGAUAGCUCCUUUUUGUUAAAUAAUGCCUUAAACAAUAAUUUAAAUCAGAGCACUUCGACUGCUGCGACAACAUAUAGAUCGAUGAAUAGCACAAAUAUUUCACGUAGGUCGAGUUCAACAACUGAUAAUAAUAUUUUGUCAAUUGAAAGCACGCCAGAAAACACGGUAUUACAUAGUCAAUCUACUAUGAACGAACAAAAACAUUUGUCUUCAGCAAUAACAAUAUCAUCUCUAGAUUUAAAUCAGACGAUUAAGCAAUCUCCAGUUCGGAAGCUAUCUCGUUUCUUAAUAAGUCCAACUGUGAUUGAAACAGUUAACCAUGAAUUAGUAGUUCAAGAAGGAACUCAAGUACCAGUUUCGUCAACUCAAAUACACGAUUCACAACAAAAAUCGAUUGAGAUGAAUAUUAAUGAAGAAAACUUUCCAAGACUAGAAGCAACUGAAUCUGAAGUUCAGCCUCAACAAUUGAUGGGAUCAGGUUUCCGAAUGCCGGAAACUUUAGAACAGCUCAAAAUUGAAUUGGAAAAUAUAACUCAUGCUCAUGUUUCAAGAUCAAGUAAAGAAAUCUUUUCUACGCAACAAUCACUUGUUCAAGGUACUGGUAGUGGUCAGAACCAAGAUAUGAAUGAUGAAAUUCCUGAUCCAGUUUCUGAAGGACGAAUUGAAAACAGUACAGAUUGUCAAUCAAAUGAAAUUGGAUCAAUGACUACCAAUGACAAUACUUCGGUUUAUAAUUCAAGACGAACAUCAGCUGAUAUUAACACAAAUCCAACAGAUUUAAUGAGUACUGCAUCUGGAGGUGGUAUUAUGGAGGAAGUCGAAGAAAGUAUUCUCCACAAUGAUAUGUCAGCUGCUCAGGUUACAUUGGACGAUACUGUUAGAGCAAGGACGACUUUCCAACAACCUGUUUCUCAUCAGAUGAGCAUUGAAAAUUCGGGCCAAAAUACUUUAGCUGAAUUACAUCAAAAGUUGACACUCCUGACAACACAACAAACAUCCACAGCCCAGCAAGAAACACAACUUAACCAGGCAACGGCAUAUGAUGGUUCUUACAUUGAUCUGCAAAAGCAACAAUUAUUUAGUGAAAUCAGUUCACCAGCAACUGCGUCGAGCCCAUCGUGCGAGACCCAUGUCCAACAGCAAGAUGUGGCAAAAAUCACACCAAAAAUUAGUCAGUUAUCUGAACUCGAUCAACAAUUAUCGAAAUUGCAUAAUCAAAGAGCUGUUUUGCAACAGCAGCCACCAACGAUACAGUCUUACUCUGAAGCUGUCCGACAGUCACCGACGACUGUUCAACAGCAAUUUGUACCACACGUCAAUCUAAUUCAACAGAAUCAAGACCUUUCACUUUCAUCUGCACAACAAUCAAAACCGAGUGCAUCUAUUGAUAAUUCUAUUAAAAAACUUUCUCGAUUUUCAAUUUAUCCUCAAACUGUUCAAAAAUCAACACAAAAUUAUUCCGAUUCAGAUCAGCGUCAGCAACAAUCACAAACCUCGAUUUUAUCACCAGCAACUCCAUCUCAGCAGAAUCAAGCUCAAAUAUUUUUCCAACAGCAUCAUGGUGGUGUGCCAUUGAAGAGCGGACAAUUGAAUGGAAAAUAUUAUCGGACACGAUCGUUGUCACAAAAUUUACAACAGAUCUUUCAUCCUAAUCGUCAGCCUCAUUCGCGUUCCCAAAAUAACUUGACUGUUAUAGGAGAACCAACUCCUGCACCACUUGUGAAAAGUUCAUCGAAGCAGGGUUUGUUAAAUAAUCCCUUGCCUUCGCCUCAAAGCUCAAAAGUUUUUCUAGAUUCAUCAACUUCCUUAAGUAUUCCAAGUACUCUUCAUGUUCCUAAAAUAAAUUUUUCGCCAUUUUCUGAAUCGUCGUUUAAUGUACCAAUAUUUAACUUCAAUCCACCAUUGUUGAAACUCGAUAAACCAUCAGUAAAAUUGAAAGGAUUUCAUUUGGAUGGUCAUCGUAGACAGGAAUAUGUAAGAAGCUUUAGUACUGACAUACCAAAAUCAACGAGAUCUUUAAUGAAACGUCAAAGUUUGGAGGAAAGAAGAUCUUUCAACUAUGAGUUGAUUAAUGGACGAUAUAAUAUCAACGAAGCCGUAAAAGAAAAUGACGAAUUGCUACGUAAACAUUCGGAUUCUAAAAACUAUUUUUCUCAUCACGAGGUACCAAAAAGUCCAAGCUCAUCAUUAUCAUAUCUACAAACUUCUUUCAAAGCAAAAUUAGCAUCACUUUUCCGAAACAAAGAAAAAUACACAAUAGCAGAACCAAUUGUCAAAAAUUCAAACUAUAAAACUUUACGUCCAUGUAUUUCAUGUCAAAGUUUACCAACGAUGACGACAAAAAGAAAAAAAUCUAUUAAAAAGGAUGGUCGAAAGGUGAUACCAACUUUGCGACAGAUAAAAAAAACAUCUAGUCUGCAGCAAUACAAAGAUAAUAGAAGAAUGCUAAGGUUAAAUAUUAAUCCCCCCGUGCUAGGAGGAAGUUACGACAACAUUAUAAUGUUAGAUCUAAAAGAUGACGAAAAUAUCAGAAAUUAUGAUACAUAUCAUGGACGACCAUUAAUAUGUAAUCCAAAGCACUCAUUUAAAUCUCUUUACAAGCAUCAAAGACAGCUUAGUGAAAGUGACGAUACAACAACUAUAAGUUUUGACUACGAUUCUGAUGAUGAAAAUACUCAUUCACAUCUUCCGUCUAUAAAUAGCCGUAUCCAUCACGUUACAACAAACUCAAAUGUUCCAACCAAUUCAAAACCAUUUCCUUUUCCAUUAUAUCAUCAAACCUCUGCUUCAUCCUUUCCCAAUCGUUGUGAUAAUCCAAAGAUUAUUCAGCAGCUGCAACCGUUGUUAGGACGUUUUGAAAAACAACAAAGCUAUUCAUCGGUUUCAAUACCAUCAAAAAAUGUUCAUAUGAUAAAUAAAUAUUCUAAUCAGAUGAUAAAGGCUUUCUUCACAUCAGCGGCUGAACCGUCCGAUGAUUUUCCAUUGGAAUUGGAAAAUCAUCAUUUAGAUACUGCUCGAAAUAUGCUUAAAUGUAUGCAGUUGAAACCUCAAAUUCGUCAACAACUGACACUUUUGCUUCAACGACAACACCUGGAAGAACAGGAGUUGAGACUUCGACAUUGGAUGGAAUUAGAAAAGUUUCAUAAAGGACUAGUUACAUUAAUGGGUUUCAAUUUGAAAAUUAUGUAUUUAGUUUAUCA